AAUAGACCCAUCAUUUGGCGCCGUCUGUGGGGAGUUCUUGAAGGAAUUAAGAGCUUUACACCUAGCUUUGAUCUGUCUCCAAUGGCUGAGAAGGAAGGAUUGCAGAAAAACUUGAACGACGAUUUCAGGGCAACGUGGACCGACAAGCGACAUCCGCCGAUCCCCAGCAUCAGACCACCGCUCCAGAUGAUGGGAUUUCCACCGUUCGGGAUGCACGCGCCGGCGGGAGGGCGUGCGGGAGAAGAAACGCCUAUUACCCCACCUGGAGUCAAGAUCCCAGUUCCCACCCAGGGGGAGGCCAGUCACUUGAAGGACACGAGCGGAGAAGCAGAUGGUCACGCAUCGACCGAAACAUCUUUGAGACUGGGGAGGCAGCCUGAACGACUUGAUCAGGAGACAAGGCCACCACACCAAAUCGAGGAACAAACACUGACCAUGACGAGAGGCGAGAUGCAGAGGAUGAUUGCCGAAGCUGUAGCAGCCCAAAUCAAACAGACUCGAGUCAAGCAGCCUAGAUCGAACAAGCUAGGGUCGAGCAGCCCCAAAAUGAACAACAACCCCCAGAACGCGAACAGCAGGCGCAGUCGCAGGAAAGGCAGAACAGGAGGGCAGAUGAAGAGGAAUCCUCUGUCAGGACUGUCAAUCCACAGGCGAGAAACGAAACCUUGGAGCAAUU